AUGACAGCCGCUAACAGCGCAAGGUUUCAAGAAGAGAUGAACAUUCCCCUCGCCGACGAAGACGCCCAAGAUGAAAGCGAAUUUGACACAUCCCUCUCCGCGGGGAGCAUUCUGACAAGUGUUGAGUCUAUUCCUUCAACGUAUACUAAUGGAAGCAAUAGUCCUGCCCUGAGAUCGCUCGACCCUGAUAUAAGUCCAGACGAAGCGGAGGAGAAAGCAAGGCUAAUCUCGCAAGUGCUCGAGUUACAGAAUACCCUUGACGACCUUUCCCAGAGGGUGGACAGUGUGAAGGAAGAAAAUCUCAAGCUCAAGUCCGAGAACCAGGUCUUGGGCCAGUACAUUGAGAAUCUCAUGUCAGCGUCCAGUGUGUUUCAGUCCACGUCUCCAAAGUCAAAGAAAAAGUGA